GUGCCCGGGUCUUUCGUGACUAGACUAGCCGUGCAUGAGAGGAAACAAAGACCUACUGAAGACCUUCUUCAUGACAUUUUAAUAUCUAACAUAUCUGAACAGGCAGUGAGGAUGUCAGACAGAGGAGACGUGGAUUUAACCGGAGCCAAACAGAACACCGGCGUCUGGCUUGUUAAAGUGCCGAAAUACUUGUCUCAACAAUGGGCCAAGGCUACAGGAAGAGGAGAAGUUGGAAAACUUCGGAUCGGCAAGAAUCAAGGGAAGGCAGAGGUGUCCUUCACGCUGAAUGAGGAGUUGACCACGAUAGAGAGCUCUAGCGAGAAAGCUUCUGUGGUCCGCGCCCCCCGGGAACAUCCCUUCACCAUGCAGACUGUGGGUGGCCAGACUUUGGCCGUCUUUACAGAGACCUCUUCAGAUAAAAUAGCGCUGGAGGGAGUGGUGGUGCAGCGAGCCGAGUGCAGGCCAGCCGCCAGUGAAAACUACAUGAGGUUAAAACGGCUGCAGAUUGAGGAGUCAUCGAAACCCCACAGAUUCUCUCAGCAGCUUGACAAAGCAGUCACCACCAAUUACAAACCUGUGGCCAACCACGCCUAUAACCUGGACUAUGAGAAAAAGAAGAAAGAAGAGGGAAAAAGGGCGCGAGCGGACAGGCAACAGGUGCUGGAUAUGCUCUUCUCUGCCUUUGAGAAGCACCAGUAUUACAACAUAAAAGAUCUAGUGGACAUCACCAAACAGCCUGUGAUUUAUCUGAAGGAGAUCCUGCGCGACAUUGGUAUCUACAACGUGAAGGGCACCCACAAGAACACCUGGGAGCUGAAGCCUGAAUACAGGCAUUACCAGAAUGAGGAGAAGAGCGACUGAGCUGGUUGAUUAUUUCAUUGAGUGCUGAUCUGUUUCAUUGCCCUUUUAUUCCUAUUACAGGAAUAAGGCUGUCUUACCACAGAGCUGUGCGUUUGGCCUCUAGGCAUUUACUAAACGGGCCAAGGUUAGUACAAGCAAGUGCAAGCAGUUCCUGUUUCUCAGUGCCCCGUGCAGAAGGCCAUGAAAGUCCAUUCUUCAGAGUCUUCUAGGUUUGAUGAACUGUUUUUAUGAAACAUUAGUGUUUUGUUUGUUUGCUGGAUUUGCUAGAAACUACCAUAUAAAUGUGGCUUCGGUUCUUUUGGAAGAGCAACACUGACCAUGUUGCUCAAGAUUACCUGUAAGGUUAGCUAAACCCAUUUGUGUUUUUACUUAGCAGUGAUUUUAAGCUACUAAAGGCUGUGUUUAAAUAAA